GCGGGCGGGAGGCGGGCAGGAGCGCGAUGGCGGCGGGCUCCUCGGCGGCGGCGGCGGCGGCGGCGGCGUCCGUGUCGGGCUCGGGCGCCUACGGGCUGGGCUUGGCCAACGAGCGGCUGCGGCUGCUGGAGGAGCUGGAGCGAGAGAUCGGCGCGGCCAUGCAGAGCGCGGGUGGGCGGGGCCUGGGGAAAGAGGGGCGGGGCCUCGAGCUGUGCUCUGCGAGGGAGGAGACUUCUGGGCGGAGCCUAGGGGCCUCUGGGGGCGGGUGGGCGGGGCUACGAGGGGCGGGUCCUGCUGCUGUGGGCGGGGCCAGGCGGUCCCGUGGGCGGAGCUGGGUGGAAACCCCCCUGGGCCUGAGGGGGCCACCUGCUUGCCCCGCCCACCACUGACAUCCCCCCCCUUCUCCCCCCCCCGCAGGCACCGUGAUCCUGGAGCUGUCGAAGGAGAAGCCCAACUGGAGCCUGCUGGAGCGCCAGACCUCCCAGUUCAUGGGCUCCGUCCAGAAGGUGGAGUCGGAGCUCUCCGCCCAGAUCCGCUACCUGACGCAGGUGGGUGGGCGGGGCUGGCGCUUGGGGGGGGCUCCUGUCAGGGAGCCCAGCCCCACCCAGCACCCCAGAAGCCGCAGUAACAAGAAUAGGAGACGGAGGCGAUAUGUCUCAAUUGACGACCCAGCUGGGGAAAAGUCCCCCGUUCUUUCUGGAAAGGUCAGAUCAUGGCCACCUGCCAUAUCUGGAGAGGGAUGCUCAGAGCUCUGAGGACUUGCUUGGGGCUCCUGGGCUGGUGGCUGCCGUGGCCACCAAGUGGGGUGGCUCUAAAAGCUGAGGAAGCCGAUUCAUGGGGGGUGAGAAAGGUUGUCUGUGGCUGCCAGCCAUGCUCUGCUUGCACAGCCAGAGGCAGCAACGGGGCUCCUGGCUACCAGUGGCUGGAAACUCACCGCAGGAGGGCACCUUGCUGCUCUUGGGCUCGGAUCCUGCUGCCAGAUUCCCCCCCUUGUGGGCCAGUGUGAGAACUUGAGGCUGGGCUGGAAGGUCCCCCUUUGCUCUCCUCCAGGGGCGGCGGCGGCUGCAAGACUAUUCUGAUGAUCAAAGACUGACUUACAAAGCUAAGCCAGACCCCGUGUGGUUUCAGAUGAGGUGAUGGGGGACGGCAUGCUGAGAUUCCUGCAUUUCAGGGGGCUGGACUAGAUGGCCCUCGAGAUCCCUUCUAGCUCUACGAUUCUUUGAAAAGAAGACAUUGUGCACUGUUUGAGGGAAGGGGGGGGGGAACAGGUUGCAGGGGACCAAGCAGAACUUUAUACAGUAUAUCAAUGUUAUUUCCUUGUUGCAUUGCUAUUUCAUCUUUUCCUUCAAGGCGUGCAGAGUGGCUUACAUGCUUUCCCUGCUCUGCAUUUAAACCCUAUGAGGUAGGAGAGGCUGAAAGAGGCAGGACAGCCCCCCCCCCCCCGGUCACAUCCAGCGUUUUAUCAUGGCUGGGUGGGGAAUUCAAACCCUGGCUUCUCCCAGGUCCUAGUUCUCAUUUAAUCCCACACCAACCCUGCAAGGUAGACUAGGCUGAGAGGGACGGGAAUGGACCUAGGGUCACCCAGUGAACUUCACAGCUGAGGAGUUGGCAUCCGUCUGUCUCGGGAGACCCUGGAGAAGGGUGCCUUCGGGGAGUGAAGUCAAACACAUAGAGCGUUACAUCGCCUGCUGGGGCUGUGGAGACCGAUGUGCAAGAGACAGGUGUUGUGGCAGCCAGCAUUAGAAGCUAAGGUAUAUAAUAAGCAAAGCGCCAAAAGCUAACUUAAACCUGAGUUUGGUCACCACAACGGAAUGUCUGUUUGAUUCUUUUAUUCUAUUAUCUCAGUUGUGUUGUCUGACCUUUGCUUGCUCUUCCAACACACACAGUGGAAACGGAAACAGUGUUCACUAUGGACUAAGGCGGAGGCUUUUAAACUGGGCUUGCCCAGAAAUCUCCACGCAGUCUGGACAGUAGCAUAAUGUGCCUGGCUAAUUUGGAGUCCUGGUUGCAGCCGGGGCAAGGAAGGCGCCUGCUUGUGCUGUUGCAGCUGCAGCCUGGCGUUCCUUCUCUCUGCGCUCCCCAAAGCGGCCAUUCCUCCCCUGGUUACUGCUAGAGAUGCGCAAGCUGCCUGUCUCCAGGCACGGCUGUCGUCUGCAAGGGAUUCCCACAUGGCUGAUGUUGCCAGCUGUCGUGCCACGUUUGCAGACGUCUUUGUAGUGCAGAGUUGGUCUGUGAUGGGCCUGGUGCCUGGGGGGGAUUUGAACCCUUGCCUCCCGCUUCCUAGUCCGACACUCUGCCCAUUACGCCGCACCGGCAAGGGGGCAGGUCCUUCCUCUGAGCCGCCGGCUGCCCUCUCACCUGGCCUGCUUUCCUCUUCCCUCCAGGUGGCCACAGGGCAGCCCCACGAAGGCUCCAGCUACUCGGCCCGCAAGGACUGCCAGAUGGCCCUCAAGAGAAUCGACUACGCCCGGGUCAAGCUGGGAGAAGUCUCCCGGACCUGCGAGCAGAUGCUGGAGCAGUGAGGCCAAGGCGCCGAGGGGAGGCCUGUCCCGGGUGGCCCCUCCUGGCCGCCAGCACUUGCCAGGCUGCUCUUUGUGGACAAGGGACUCUGAGCAGCCCACCUGGCAGGGACGACGGUGGAAACUGCCUGCGGGGCAGAAGAGGAGCAGCAACGUCUCUGUCGCCAUUUGCAGUUUCAUAGCUUUACUUCCUCCUCUUUGGCUUCUUUCCUGGAACAAACUUGUGAUAUUUAUGAAGCGUUUCCACAAUUUUUUCCCACAAAACAUUUGUUAGUUUUUCAACAGAUUCGCGGUAUGCACCUUUUCAUUAAAUGAGAUCUGCCAGAAGGGCAUCCGGUGUG